AUGGCCCUGCUCAGCCUCAACCUUCGAGAUGGAUUCAUAUUGGCAGUUGUGGCGAUCAUUUUCCUGUACAUCUGGGAGAAGAAAACACUAAAAAUCACUCGCAAUGGCGAGGCUCUUAGAAAACCACCAAACACGCUCCCACUCGUAGGAAAUGGAAUCAUAUUCCUUCAACCUCGUCAAAAGCUCUUUUCGUGGUUUCACCGCUGUGAGCGUCUUUACGGUUAUGAGACCCUUCAUAUCACGGUCCCCUCUUUACCACCAGGUGUAAUCGUCAACGACCCGCAGAAUCUGGACUUCAUCUUCCGCAACGAGGGCGUUUUUGAGAAGGGUGAUUUCUUUAAGCAACGCUCCUGGGAUCUUUUCGGUCAUGGUAUCAUCAAUGUUGACGGCGAGUUCUGGCGGCUUCAGCGUAAGGCGGGAUUACGAUUCUUGUCUGCAGCAGCGUUGAAGACUUUGACGAACGAGAGGUUACCUGAAUAUUUGGAACAGGCUAUAUGUGUUCUAAAAGCGAAGGAAGGCGGAGGAGAAGUGGUGGAUUUGCAAGCUGUGGUCCAUGAAGUGACAACACAAUUGAUGGGACGCAUGGCGUAUAACAUGGAGAUGCACGCCGAUGAUGAUUUCACGGUUGCCUUUGAGCAUGCUUCGGGGGCUACUGCAGAGAGAUUCCAGAACCCUCUCUGGUUUCUUACUGAGAUGCUCACCGGAGCACGAAUGCGACGCUCAAUCGCAAUCGUGAAGGCAUACGGGAAACGCAUAGUUACGAGCGCUGUCGCUGAUCGCAAGGCAGUGGAAGGCAAGACUCAAUCGGACGCACCAGGAAGUCUCAUACAGUCUCUACUCGAUUCUAUCGGGGACGAGACUCUUGUGGCAGAUGCAGCCCUGAACUACCUCUCAGCAGGAAGAGAUACAGUCGCACAAGCUCUGACAUGGACUCUAUAUCUUCUCAUGAAGCACCCCCAAGUGGCGACCAAGCUCCGCGAAUCGGUCGAGAGCCUCCGAGAUGAAGACGGUACCAAAACCGACGAUCCUGAACUUCUCACACCAGUACGAUUACCAUACGUCCUAGCCGUCUUCUACGAGUCACUUCGCCUUCGACCUCCCAUCCCUUUCGAAAUCAAGCAAGCCCAACAAGCAACCACCCUUCCCGAUGGGACAUUCCUACCAGCUGGUGCAAUCGUGGUCUGGUGCGCCUGGGCAAUGGGCCGUUCGCAUACGACAUGGGGCUCUGAUGCAGAUGAGUUCCGCCCGGAGCGUUGGUUGACAACAUCAUCAUCUGGAGGUGUGACCGUUGCUCAGCGUCCAGCGUCUGAGUUCCCUGUCUUUAACGGCGGACCGCGAGUGUGCCUGGGAAAGAAGAUGGCAGAGUUAGUUGCGGUACAGACACUGGCAAGACUAGUGCCUCUGUUCGAUUUUGCACCUGCUUUCAAGGGUGAAAGAGUGAGCAAGAGUAGCUUGACUCUGCCAAUGGAGGGAGGUUUGCCUGUAUAUGUGCAGCAUCGAGAAUCCCCAUCUGUAUCAUAA